AUGCUCCCCACCCCGCCGUCUGACAUGCUCCCGUCCUCUAAUCACCCGGGAACGUUUUCGGCUGCGAUAUCCUCAGCCAUUCCAGCCGUGAAGACCAUCGAGCAUGUGGCGGACUUCUUUCCGGCUGCUCAUGAAGGUGGUUCCUCUUUUCAAAGCAGCCAAAAAGAAACCUACCACAUCCCUGUAUCAGCCUCCCAGCAAAGCCCGCAGACGCCCUCGAUGCAGCAGUCCGUCCCAUUGCCGCAGCUCCCCCCAACUGUUAGCAUCGGCAGUUAUGUACUGGACAAUGUCGCUGCUUCGUCACCCGGUUCAAGGCUUGUAGGAGCAACACCUCUUUCAGGCCCGAAAGUGGGACACCCGGUGGAAGGAAGCCCUGUGUUGAAUGCAAAAGCUGACAAGGACGGCUGGUUUCCGAUUGAAGACUUGAAGCUCAGUAGAACACACUUCGACGUCACUCUGAAGCAGGGCGAACGCUUGACCCUUCCGUUUUCUCUCACCGCUAACGAGAAAGCCAAGGUGUUUUUGAGAGCUGCGGCCAACUUCGAGAAGUCGGCCAGGACCAUUGAGCGAACUGCGGAUCUUCUGUUCAUGCACGAGAUAGAAGAGAGGCAAUCUCAAAUGCGCCGAGAUCGUGAACGCCAGCAAAAUCGUCCUGAUCUAGAUUGCCGCACGAGUGACGGUCCGUGCCUCUCUGCUGGCGCGUUUGUGAGAGAUAGUGGUUCCCCUGAACAGGUGGAACACCUGUCCGUCCAGCAGUCUCCUACCCCAGUCCCAUACCACGCAGGUCGACGACUUGGCACAGCCAGCAGCCCCUUCCACGUUAGUGAUGCUGCACAUCCGCAUUACCAUGCAAACCUGGGAGGUGCGCCUGCGGUCACGCCUUCCGAUGAUCGUCGGGGGGGGACUCGACCCCGGCGGAGGCCGGAGUUAGCUGCAAGAGCCAACGGAGUCCAGAGGGCCAUUGCGGGGGCCGGAGACGCAAGGCCCUCCUCGGGUGGUAGUGAAGCGCCAGAGAAAUAUGCAGGCUCCUCCUCACUAGAUGGGCUGGGACGCAGCACAACCGGAAUCCCGACUUCGGCUGGCGGCCGCAUCCAAGGGACUCCCAAUUGGCAAUAUCGGAGGCAAGUGCCAUCGGCACCAAAUUCUUCCACGGGGGAAUCAUAUAGCAUAAGGGGAACAGGAGCCCCCUCGUCGGCAAACCCAGCUGUCCCAGAUAACCCUUUCCACCCCCUCGCGUACGAUGCUUUGCCAGUGGAACCUUGGGAAGGGUGGUCACACUCCCUUAAGCUGCUGGCAGCCGAAACGAGAAAAGUGGACUGGUCUACCUCCCAGCGUAUGCUUCAGUCUGUUCGCCUCCAAGUUGGAGCGGCAAUCACCAGUGAUUUAGCCACUAGCGUUCGGAGUGACGCCUCGGACUUGGACCUCCCCAGCAGCAGUCGCAUCUCGGGGAGGCGGGGAGAGGCCAGGGGUCUCGGAUUGGUUACAAAAGACGUUAGCCGCGAUCGGGGCGGCGCUCAAAGUUCUUCCACAUCAGUUGGUUCACUCGGGGAGGAACGAGGCCCCGCUUUGCCACUAUCAAAACUCGAGGUGCAAGAAAUAGACAGCACGAACAACUGGCAGUCACACAGCAAUCCAGAGAGUCUUUCUCACAACGUAGGGAACCUAGAAGCAAGCUCUCCAAUGAAGAAACUGCACCAGCUUGUAGGUGAGGCCACCGAAUUUCGGGUUGCUGCCAGCUUGCUGGACCAUGACAAAGCACAGGACUCAGAAAAGCGAGACAACGUACCAGUAUCCUCACAGAAAGGUGCGGGCAACGUGAACUUCCUGUCGGAAACGAGAGGUGCCGUUACGAAUGCUUCGCCGAGCACGCUGUUGGACUCGUCAAAAGCUGAUUCACCGACCGCGAACCUGCCGAAACGAAAAACCACGAAAACCAGCCUCUCGAUGCCUGACCGGCGUCAGUCCCAGAUGAUCGUUGUGAAUGUGGAAGCCUUAGGCAGCCCGAUAGACAAGGACACAGGUCGCCCCCUCUUCUACAAUGACCGUAUUUUGGUUGGCUGGCGUUGUUCCGACCGUGAACUGCUCGCUCUUAAAGCGCUGGACCUGGAAGAAGAGGAAGAGGAAGUUGGACAGGAUGAGAGCGGGCAGUGGAGUCCCACUUCCUCGGUAGUGAAUGUGGAGGGAGAGAUGCCUUCUCUCUCAGUGCCUCCCUCUCAAGCACUUCCGGAAGAUCCAAGGAUAUCAACUGCAGACGAGGAGCCACACGUGAGCGUGCCUUGUGCUCAGCCAGAUUUGAACCGGUCAUCCUUCGCGAAGGAAGAAUCGGAACGUCGCGUGUGUGGAUAUGUGCCACCCGAUCUGGGUAUUGACAUCCGCAGCCUCCGGGAUUCCCGCCGAACCACAUCGGCCUCUUCAUCGUCGUCUAAUCCAGCUUUUCCUCUCGACCUGUCGCGAGUUAGCGAGCUCUGGCCGAACGCUCCUCGGCCCAGAAACAACACUGUGGAGUCCUCUACUUUUGCUAACGUUAACCGAAACGAUAAUUCGUCAUCGUGGGAGUCGCGCGCAGCGGGUUUUUUUCCAUAUGAGAGCCAGACACAGCAGGCGUCACGGCCAGGGCUGCCAGAAUUGAGUGGCGACACGCUCGGAGCCCCACCUCGGCGACUGCAAGUCUUGGAUCGGAUGCUCAAAAGCUUUGCGAGCCCGGAAGUCGAGUCGGUGAAAACCCUCUUCCGGAGGCUGCCUCAGAAAAGAUCACUGCGAAAGAAAGCCCACCAUGACGAAACAUGGCAGCGGGCCGAGAAUCACAUAGAUAACCAACGGGCGGUUAAUGCAAGUGCAGCUCAAACGAAGUAUUCGAAUUUUGGUCUUGGUACAUCCUCGAGAGACUCUGCAGAAGCGAGGCGAAAUCCUGUGUCACGAGCCGGGAACAAUACAGCCUCAACAGGAGGCGCUAGGACCAGCAAAGGAAAUUCAGAUUCUGGUGGUGGCUGGAUGUACGAAUCAGAACACGCACAGGAACCUGGAACAGGUGGUAAGCUGGAAGGAGGACGCGGGGCAAAAAACAACCGAGACAAUGGGACUGAAAACAGUAAGCUCGGAGAAUCGGUAAGAAGGAGGCUUUUGGAUGACGACGAACUGUGUGGAAUGGAUCUUAUCAAGCUGUCCCUCCAGCAUUACCGCGCACGGGUUGAAGGGACCAGACACGAUGCAGACCCGGCGAACAACUUUGAAGAUGUUGAGGCAUUGAAAGCGUUCAUGAAGGAGUUCGCAUCUCACGAUUACGUCGGAGACAUUCUAUUCCUCGCUCCGGACGCGCCGAUCCAUGCGCAAGCAUUUUCUGCCGUAAUGGAAAGUGACACGAUGUCGGCCGAUAGAGACGAAUCUGCGCCUGCCUCGAGUACCUCGAAGCACCCAACAAAGAAUGAAACGAAAGGGGAACAAGCUAAAACAAGACCAGCUAACGCGGAACAGCGGCUGGCGCUGGGCCCAGCAGGUGGAGAUAGUAGAGGACGAAACAACGCACGUGGGAAGAGCACGGUUGCGAGAAGCACCUUCCCUUCUCGAAACGCAGAACAGAAAAGCGCGUUUCUGAACAAAACCUUUAUCGCCGGUAACGACCGGCCUUUCGAUUUGAGGGGCGUUGGCGGGCCCGGGCGAUAUGCGACAUCAUCAGUCUCGACAGAAGAGCGUGUUCUCGAUGAGACACACGGGGGCCGGGGACUGGGUUCUCGAGAGCAGUCCGAUCAACAAAACAACUUAAAACGGUCACUGCAGAGAACUCCACAAGUUUCAGAAAGUGGCGAAUGGGAAAGUGGGGGCCCGGUCAUUCCCAAUGAUCCUCUGUUCACCCUGCAGUGGGCGCUCGGGUCGCCGCCCCAGGAUUCGCAUAUGACUGCAGAGUUUUGUUACAUGCGAGCGCGAGAAGAACUGGAGGGAAGAGCGUCAGAAGCAAUAGAAAGAGGGACAGCUGGCCCCCCGCAGCCGACGCCAAGCAGCUCUCAGCUUGCAAAGGUGAGACAGCUCUGUGCGGCUGCUGGCCACAAGGACAAGAACGUAACCGGCGAGAAAAUCCGAUCCACAGCCCUUGCCGAGGAGGCUGAACAUGAGCAAGGAGGAGAAACAGAUCAACAGAUUUGGGAGGACGAAAGAGGUGAGACGACGCCGGACAGUGCCUCGACUCUCCAGUCAGAGACCCAUAAAGCAGAUGUCCAAGAACUGGAAGGAGACAUGGAAAACGGGCCUUCCAGUCCCUCUCCUAAGACCAGCGCAACGCUGCACGCACUACAAGGCAGCCAUAUGGGAACAGGUGGAGGUCCAGCAAUUGGCGAAAGCUCAGCUGAUACAAACAGCAUUGACAUGGUCAAGGCGUGGCAAUUGAGUCUUAGUCCUCAGGAGGAUGACAAGCGGAAGAAACCGGAAGUCCUCGUUGCUGUUAUUGAUACAGGAGUCAACUAUAUCCACUCAGACCUUGCAAAGAGCAUCUGGGUCAACGAGCAGGAGCUAAACGGCGUGCCUGGAUUUGACGACGACCAGAACGGUUAUAUCGAUGAUGUGUAUGGCUGGAAUUUUCUGCACGGGAACAAUAACCCUAUGGAUGACAACGGUCACGGCUCUCAUGUUGCAGGGAUUAUUGGAGCUCAGAGGAACAAUUACCAAGGAGUGUCCGGCAUCAGCAGCCACGCUCGGAUCAUCGCACUGAAGAUUCUUAAUAAAAAGGGAGAAGGAGAUGUGUCGCAUGCAAUUCCGGCAAUCCGAUACGCUCUCGACAAUGGUGCCAAAGUUAUUACCAAUUCGUGGGGCGGCAUCUCAGGCCCAGGAACUCAGAUUUUGGGAGUUCUGUUGAAGGAGGCAGUCGCUGACGCGAGUGGAAGCGUCUUUGUUAUCGCAGCAGGAAAUGAUGGCAUGGAUAUUUCGAAGGAUCCGUAUUACCCAGCUUCUUUCUUAAGGGACUGGACCAUCACGGUGGCAGCUCAUGCACGUGAUGGUGCCUUACCGAAAUGGUCAAACUAUGGCCACAAUACUGUUCACCUUACAGCACCGGGGGAAAACAUCACCAGCACAUGGAUGGGGAGUGGAUACCGCCUGAGCAGCGGAACGUCAAUGGCGGCACCUAUGGUCAGUGGCGUUGCCGCAGAGAUCCUCGCCUACAAUCCUAUGCUUCAACCUCAGCAAGUGGUGGAUGUGCUUGUCCAAAGUGCCAUCACGGAUAAACGACAUGCGAAUGUCUCUCUCACAGGAGCCCGUCUGAACGCGUAUCGGGCUAUUGUUCUUAGUCAGCUUCAAUUCAUCUCACUAUCCCCCGCGGAACUACAUGUCGGCGGAACUGCAGAUCCUAUCGGAGAAGUGGAAAUUCUUUUUCAGUCACUCAUGCUCCCCCCUGGUGUGUACGAAGGGAAUAUCGAGCUCGUGUACUCCAGACGCCUAGCCAGCACGCGAGGCCUGGGGGUUCUCUCGGGCGUUCUCAAGCGAAGAAUCGUCCAACUGGUUCAAGUGACCCUGCCUGUAAAGUUAACAAUCGUCCAAUGA